AUGCCGAGCUCUCCGAAGCCCAAGGACUCCCUUUGGAAGAAGGCCGGCAAGGCUUGUCUGUUUGUUGGCAAUUCAUGCGCGAAAAUGAUCGCCGACAACUUGACUAAGAAGAACGCGGCAAAGCUGGUGGCUGGCGCGGUGGUUUCGGGCGGCGGGAUGGCUGUUGACGCGGCGAGCGGCGCCGCAGCGGCAGCGAAGGGGGACAAGAAAGGCGCCACGGAUGCCAUGGUGAAUGUCGUCAAGGGCGCUGGCUCACUCGCGGCUUCCACCGUGGCGGGUCCCGUUGGCACAGUCGCGUUCAACGCGGCGACCUUCGCCGGGGGCAAGGCGAAACCCCUGGUGGAAAAAGAGGUGAAGAAGCAGCAGCAGAAGCAGAAGAAGAAGCGUGAGGAGAAGCCAAUGGCUAUCCGCGGGCUUUUCCUCGUCGCUCUUCUGUCCGUGUCGGUGCUCGCAGCGCUGACCCUUACCACCACGGCCGCCGCGCUUCGCGGCGGCACUCCGGAAGACACACUCCCGACGUCGACCACGAUUAGUACCACCGGAACCAGCACCGGCGCGGCUCGUACUAGAAUCGUUGCCAGCAGGCGCUCCCUCGCCACCUCGCCCAAAGCGUCAGACAAGAAGAGUCUGAAGAAGAAAUGUGCGGAUUUGGCGGGGAAUUGCUUGAAAAUGGCCGCCAACAUGCUGACUGGAAAGAACGUCGCAAAGAUGGCGGUUAACCACGCGGUUCCGGGCAGCGCGACAGCGAUCACCGCGAUGGAGGGCCUCGCAGCCGCGCGGAAGGGGGACAAGGAAGCCGCCAAGGAGGCCGCGAAGAGUGUCGCUAAGGCCGUGGUCUCGACCGCAGCUGGCGCGGUGGCGGGACCGCACGGCACACUCGCGUUCAAGGCGGGGGCCGCCGCGGCGGAGCAUGUGAAACCCAUCGUGGACGAGAAGUUGGCGAAGCGCAAGGCGGAGAAAGAGGAGGAACGUAAGGCGAAAAAGCCGAAGCGCGAGUAG